AUGGCCAAUGGCAGCGGCGGCGGCGGCGGAGGCGGCGGUGGCGGCGGCGGCGGCUCCAGCAGCAGCUACUACUCGGGAGGCGGCGGCGGCGGCGGCGGCAACAUUAGGAUGAGCAGCCCCAUCAGCGCCGGCGGCAGCCUGAACGCGGACUCCUCCUCGGCGCCCGUCAAGGCGCCCAUUAUCCCCAUCACCAUGGAGGUGCCCUGCGACACUGGGCAGCGCAUGUGGUGGGCCUUCCUGGCCUCGUCCAUGGUCACCUUUUUUGGAGGGCUCUUUAUCAUCUUGCUCUGGAGGACCCUCAAGUACCUGUGGACCGUCUGCUGUCACUGUGGGGGCAAGGAGAAGGAGGUCCAGAAGAUAAAUGCCCCUGCAGAGACCCAGGCCGAUGGGGACUUGAAACCCACAGAUGAGAAAGAAGAAACUGUGCCAGCAGUCGAAGUGGGCUGGAUGACUUCUGUUAAAGACUGGGCAGGGGUGAUGAUUUCAGCCCAGACAUUGACUGGCAGAGUCCUUGUUGUCUUAGUCUUCGCUCUUAGUAUUGGUGCUCUUGUAAUAUACUUCAUAGAUUCGUCAAACCCAAUAGAAUCUUGCCAGAAUUUCUACAAAGAUUUCACGUUACAGAUCGACAUGGCUUUCAACGUGUUCUUCCUACUCUACUUUGGCUUGCGGUUCAUAGCAGCCAAUGACAAGCUGUGGUUUUGGCUAGAAGUAAACUCAGUGGUAGAUUUCUUCACGGUUCCUCCAGUAUUCGUUUCAGUGUAUUUGAACAGAAGUUGGCUGGGUUUAAGAUUUUUACGAGCUCUUAGGCUGAUUCAAUUCUCAGAAAUUUUGCAGUUUCUGAAUAUCCUUAAAACAAGUAAUUCCAUCAAGUUGGUGAAUCUGUGCUCUAUAUUUAUCAGCACAUGGCUGACAGCAGCUGGAUUUAUACAUUUGGUGGAGAACUCAGGGGAUCCAUGGGAAGACUUCAGAAACAACCAAGCUCUUACAUAUUGGGAAUGUGUUUAUUUACUAAUGGUUACUAUGUCCACUGUUGGUUACGGAGAUGUUUAUGCAAAAACAACCCUUGGUCGCCUUUUCAUGGUCUUCUUCAUCCUCGGGGGAUUGGCCAUGUUUGCCAGCUACGUCCCUGAAAUCAUAGAGUUAAUAGGAAACCGCAAGAAAUAUGGUGGUUCCUAUAGUGCGGUUAGUGGAAGAAAGCACAUUGUUGUCUGUGGUCACAUCACAUUGGAAAGUGUGUCCAACUUCCUGAAGGACUUCCUACACAAGGACAGGGAUGAUGUCAACGUAGAAAUCGUCUUUCUGCAUAAUAUCUCCCCUAACCUUGAGUUGGAAGCUCUUUUUAAACGACACUUCACUCAGGUGGAAUUUUUUCAGGGUUCAGUUCUCAAUCCGCAUGACUUGGCUAGAGUAAAGAUAGAGUCAGCAGACGCGUGCCUAAUCCUUGCCAACAAAUACUGCCCGGACCCAGAUGCUGAAGACGCCUCCAAUAUUAUGAGAGUAAUUUCCAUAAAGAACUACCAUCCGAAAAUAAGAAUAAUCACUCAGAUGCUGCAGUAUCACAACAAGGCCCAUCUGCUAAAUAUCCCGAGCUGGAAUUGGAAAGAAGGGGAUGACGCAAUCUGCCUUGCAGAGCUGAAGCUGGGUUUCAUCGCCCAGAGCUGCCUGGCUCCAGGCCUAUCAACAAUGCUGGCCAAUCUCUUCUCUAUGAGGUCAUUCAUAAAGAUAGAGGAGGAUACAUGGCAGAAAUACUACCUGGAAGGCGUUGCGAAUGAAAUGUAUACAGAGUAUCUUUCUAGUGCCUUUGUUGGUUUGUCCUUCCCUGCUGUUUGUGAACUGGUCUUUGCAAAGCUAAGGCUUUUAAUGAUAGCCAUAGAAUACAAGUCGGAAAAACGGGAAAGCAGUAUAUUAAUCAAUCCUGGAAACCAAGUGAAGAUUCAAGAGGGCACCUUAGGAUUCUUCAUUGCAAGCGAUGCCAAAGAAGUAAAAAGGGCAUAUUUUUACUGCAAGGCCUGUCACGAUGACAUCACAGAUCCCAAAAGGAUAAAAAAGUGUGGCUGCAAACGACUUGAAGACGAGCAGCCCUCGACACUGUCACCCAAAAAGAAGCAACGAAAUGGAGGCAUGAGGAAUUCGCCCAACUCCUCGCCCAAGAUGAUAAGACAUGACCCGUUAUUAAUACCUGGCAAUGAACAAGUUGACAACAUGGACUGCAAUGUGAAAAAAUACGACUCCACAGGCAUGUUUCAUUGGUGUACAGCCAAGGAUAUUGAAAAGGUUAUUUUGACCCGAAGCGAAGCUGCCAUGACGGUAUUAAGUGGACAUGUGGUCGUUUGCAUAUUUGGGGAUGUAACAUCAGCUCUGAUUGGAUUAAGAAAUUUUGUGAUGCCCCUGAGAGCCAGCAACUUCCACUACCAUGAGCUUAAACACAUUGUGUUUGUGGGCUCUCUUGAAUACCUGAGGAGAGAAUGGGAGACGCUGCAUAACUUCCCCAAGGUCUCAAUCUUGCCUGGUACACCAUUAAGUCGAGCUGAUUUAAGGGCUGUCAACAUCAACCUCUGCGACAUGUGCGUAAUCCUGUCAGCCAAUCAGAAUAAUAUUGACGAUUCUUCGCUGCAGGACAAGGAAUGCAUCUUGGCGUCACUCAACAUCAAGUCUAUGCAGUUUGAUGACAGCAUUGGGGUCUUGCAGGCUAAUUCCCAAGGGUUUACUCCACCAGGAAUGGACAGGUCAUCCCCAGAUAACAGUCCAGUCCAUGGUCUCCUACGUCAACCCUCCAUCACAACAGGGGCUAAUAUCCCAAUUAUAACGGAGUUAGUGAAUGAUUCAAAUGUUCAGUUUUUGGACCAAGAUGAUGAUGACGACCCUGAUACAGAACUGUAUCUCACACAACCCUUUGCGUGUGGAACUGCAUUUGCAGUUAGCGUGUUGGAUUCUCUCAUGAGCGCAACAUACUUCAAUGACAAUAUUCUCACGCUGAUACGUACGUUGGUAACAGGGGGAGCCACGCCAGAGCUGGAAUCGCUGAUUGCUGAGGAGAACGCUCUGAGGGGAGGCUACAGUACACCCCAGACACUUGCAAACAGGGACAGGUGCCGGGUGGCUCAGCUAGCAUUGCUAGAUGGGCCUUUUGCAGACCUCGGGGAUGGUGGUUGUUAUGGAGAUUUGUUUUGUAAAGCUUUGAAAACAUACAAUAUGCUUUGUUUUGGAAUAUACCGAUUGAGAGAUUUCCAUCAAAAUACACCUAGCCAAUGCACCAAGCGUUUUGUUAUAGCCAACCCACCUUAUGAAUUUGAGCUUGUGCCGACAGACUUGAUUUUCUGUUUGAUGCAGUUUGACCACAAUGCCGGCCAGUCCCGGGCCAGUCUCUCUCAUUCUUCCCAUUCCUCCUACGCUUCCAGCAAGAAAAGCUCAUCGAUUCAUUCUAUCCCAUCCACCACAAACCGACAGAACCGUGCAAAGACCAGGGACUCUCGGGAAAAGCAGAAGUACGUGCAAGAAGAUAGACUUUGAUACAUGUACCCACUCCCACUGUGUGUGCAGCUGUAUCCACCACCCAUACCCUCCCAAUUGGUGUGUCCAAUAGUAGUUUUCCUUGUUCUCCUCUCCUCCCCCAUGGAGUUCCCAUUUUUAUACACAUAUUUUGCAUAUGUAUAACAGUGUGCAUGUGAUUGUCAUUUUUUAUUUCAAUACCAUAAAACCCUUAAGCACAACAGCAACAAAGCAGACGGACCAAAAAGUUAUUUAUGAUGGAGAGCAGGUGGGAAAGAGCUAGGAGCAGAUGUGACUAACACUGCCAUAACUACCUUGCAUAUGAGAGGCGAAAGCAUGUGCAGCGUGAACAUUAGUUUGUGGUGUCAGUUAGAGGAAGAUAGUUAUGUAGUGCAAGGCUGCGUUGUGAAAGGGAUGUUAAAGUUUGCACAUAUGAAGUUAGGUGUCCCCCCCUCAUGGGUUAGUUUUCUAAGCAUCAGAGAAAUGUACUUCAAUUCUGGGGGGACUUUUCACACUUGUGGGUAGAAAACAACACAAAUUUUGAACUUUUUGUAUAGUUUUACUGCACUUGCUUUUAUACUAAAGUCGUAUCAGGGAUUCUCCUGCACUUAGACAGACUCUUUUUUACUUAAAAAAAAAAAGUGUCCUUAUGGAUUGGGUGCCUUCUCUGCUUUAAUGCUAAAAUUCAAAAAAAAUGGCCAGGAACUGAGUUCUACAACUCUAAUGAUUUAACCUUUUUUGACGGGCCUAAUUGUACAUUAAAUUCUGUGUAUUUAUAUUGCCACAUGAAUAACUAUAUUUUCUCUCACUUUUGACAUUUGGGAUGAAAAGCCAUGUGUAUCAUAAAUAUUGAAUGCAACUCAUUAGAAUCUUCCUUCCUGAGACUUUACAUCUAUUAAAAGGUGAAUUAGUCACCUUAUGUACAGAACGAAUGGGGUACGAUCUCUUCAUGUGCGGCAGAGGAUCAUACUCAUAAUGUUCAGAAAAAAGCAAGUAUUUUUCCAUGUUUAAGUAUGAGUCCCAAGAGGACUCAUUUUUUCCUCCUCUGAUAGCUUAAUUUUGUGACAUUAAAACCUCCAGAAAGUACUUGUGCAUUUUCAGAAAAAAUGGGGUCACAUUUUCGCUGAUGGGUUUAGCAGAGGCGCACAGCAAUAUCGUUCCUUCCUUAAUAUCUGCUGACAUUAUUCAGAUGGUAUCUGUUAACUUUAAAAAAUCCAAGGAAAGGAUUGCUUGGCACAGGAAAGUAGCGCAACUGCCUCAAAUGAGGCUGCCGGAUACUAGUGCCUUGGAACCAUUCAACAAUGGGUCCCGAAGAGUUAAUGUCUGGGGUACACCUCAUUUGCAGAUCAAAAGGAGGAACACUUGACUUAAACCUCAUACUUAAAAAGAUAUUUUCUUAAGCAGCCCCAAGUACAAUGGACAACCUUAAAAUGAUGGGGAAACCCUCUCUAAGUAUUCUUUCCUCCUUAACUGUCUAGCUACCCAAGGAUCAAGAGAUAGGCCUAUGUUUUCUGAACACUGGCAGUGCUUCAUGUGUUACCACAAGCCUGUUAACUAUAGUGCAGGAUUCUGCAUCAGGAAAUCCUGGUACUUCCUCCCUUUGGGGUGUUCUCUUUACCCGUGUAUUGGUGAGAGAGGAAAUAAAUGGCACACAGAGUCUCCCCACUCCAAAAGGAACAGAGUGGUGGGGACAGUCAUCACAGCGGCUUUGUUUUGUCAAGGCAUGGCUUCAGUCCCCCUUGAAGCAUAUUAAUGUGACCCAGCCCACGGCAUGGGCAUCACUGUAUCAAAGACAGAAGCGGGAUUUCUGACUUGAUGUCAUGCAGUCCUUUGCUCUGGUCACUACUAUAUUAAAUGCAUUUACUUGCAAGGAAGCCUAUUUAUUAGUUAAUUUAAUGUAGGUGCGCUUAGUCAUGUAGUGCUAGCCAAGCUAAUGCCAUUGAAGAGAAUUAAAUGUAGCUCACAGGCAUAGAAUCAGAAUUGAAGGUCCAUAAAAAAUGUUGAGCUUUUUGACCUAUUCGGAUGAUGCCUUGAGUUCUUGCACCACUUUAUUUAUCCACUGCAGAUGCCUCCUCCCUCAAAACAGCACCAUAUCUUGCCCCCUUGUUUCCUGCCCUGUGCCUUUAUCUUCAUUAAAUAGCUAGCGAGUUGCCUGGCAUUUAUAAGCAGUAUGUUUGAGACAGUAUACUGGGAACGGGAGAGCUGCAGAGCAGAUAGAGAAUUCUUCGGAGAAGUGGUUUUUAUGGUCAGUGUUGCGUUUCCCUUUCCCCUCCCCCCCAAAAGCAUGACAAUUCUAGAAGCUUGCUGUGUGAAUUGACAAUAAAGCCAAGCACUUUUACUGACAACCUCUGGUUUGGUACAAUGUAGGAUACACACAAAACAUCUCCUCCUUACUAGUGAUGAUGAUUUGGAGUUCCCAGUGAUAUAUACCUGAAGGGAGACUGUAAGCUGGUAUCGCUAAAAAGCAUUUUGAACUAAGCUUGCCCUCCACUGACCCAUCUCUCCUUUGCCCAACCUCCAAAGCAACACGACUGCCCUCCCCCUUGUAGCUCUUGACCAUGGAUCAAAUUUCUGCACUUUGUUUGCAAAAGAAGGUCCUGAUGUUUUCCAUCAGGUCUUUCCCAGCUCAUACCAAGGAUAUGCCAGUUAAAGUGCUCAACAGGACGUGUGACAGUUUAAAAGCCUUUGUAAAACUUACAUAGCUUACUUCUCUUUCUAAAGUGCGACAAGGAUGAAUAGAAUGGGCCAAGGUAUGACAAUUGAUGGUUCUGCAUGAGCUAGAAACACUGCUGUGGGGUUUCCUUCUAUAACGUUGUCCUUGUGAAAACUUGUGACACAUUAAAAACCAAGUUACCAAA